AUGGUGUUUGAGCGGUUCUUCGAUCUUCUCGACGAAGACGGAGACGAGAGGGUCGACCGGAAGGAAUUCUGCAAGGGCCUGGACACGCUGUGCAGCCAAGAUGAAGGAAAACUCCUCCGUUUCCUCUUCAAUCUGUGCGACCUGGAUGGGAACGGCCUGAUUGAGAGAGACGAACUGAGGACGCUGCUGUAUCACCUGCCGUUCCGUCUCUGGAAGUUCAGCCGGCGAGGGAGGCGCAUCGGGAGAGGUCGCAGAAGGUCUCGAGAGCGACGCCGCGAGCGCCGGGCCUCGUCGCUGCCUUCGCCUUCCCUGCAUCGACGAGGAGAGACAGCAGACGCGCAGCCAAGGGUGGACGCAGAAGAGUUUGCGGGAGAAGACAGCGCGCCGGAGAGAGGUCUCUGUUUCUCUGAAACCUCACGACCCAGAGGGCGCCCACGCCGCCUGAGUGUGCCGGAGACAGAACGACCUCCGCUCACGCACUUCGCACCGCGCCACCGCGCCCAAUACUUCGACGCCGCGUUCAGUGGCGGCGAGGAAUCUUCCAUUUCGUGUGCCUUUUCCUCGACCUUGCCUUCUAGCGUCUCCUCGUCCUCCGAAGACGAAGAGGAAGACUCACUGAGGUUCGAUGAGAAGGACCUACUUGUCCAGAAGCGAAUCGACGAAAUCGUAGAGGCGGCGUUCCAACACAAACAGAGGAACCCCGACAGAGAUUUCCGAACCUUAUUCUCUUCCUCACACGCCGUCAAGAUCCACAGAGGCAAGGAAAGAAGUUCGCCUCACCUCGUGCAGCCUCUGCACAACGAAGAGGGCCUAACCUUCGAAGAGUUCCUCGCUGCUCUGGAGCAGAACAAAGAAAUCCACGACCUUCUCAGGUUCUUCUACAUUCAGUCGGUGCUUUCUUUGUGUGCACCUCGGGGGCCGCCUCUCACCUUGCCGUUUUCCUUCCCGACUCUGCUCAAGACGUCGGCGGCGUCUUCUCCCCUGCCUUCGCCUGCUCCUUCGCGCCAGUCUCCUGGGUCUGAUCGACCAGCUUCUCCACAUUCGGCCGAUGUCGAGGCUCCUCUCGCGUCGCCAACUUCUGCCGCUCUUCUUCCUGCUGAGGUGCCGUCUUCUCCACAUUCGCUGCCGCUUGUGGCUCCCGCUUUUCCUCCCGGCCUUGCGUCUCUUUCCUCUUCCUCGCGUUCGGCGUCUCCUCCCGUGAGGCGUCGUUCCCCUGUCAUCGCUGAAGGAGAGGGAGCGAGCGACGGGCUACAUCUCUCUCUCUCGGAUGCUGUUCCUUCUCUCCCUCGCUCUCUCUCUCUCCCAUUUCGGCGAGAACAAACGGAGUUCACGCCUUGCUCAGGUGAUCCUCGACACUCACAACGAAUCGACAGAGGCUCCUCUCGAACAAGCCUUCCUCCUCAGUCUUCUUUCCCUUCUCCCCACUCUUCCCCUUCCUCCUGUUCUUACACAAAACUCUCUUCUUCCUCGCAUUCUUCUUCCUCUUCUUCUGCAACUUCAUCGGCGAGGAGUGGAGAAGGAGAGGGUGAUGGUGAAGCGACGAAACACGAGGCAUCGCCAGGCUCUUUUGUGAGAGUCGACGGAGAGGUCGAAGAGCGUCGGCCGAAAGGGGAGAGAGGUCAAGGAGAAACUGUGGGGAACGAGAAGCGACCAGGGUCGCUACGGCGGCUUCUCACCUUCACCCGACCGCAGCGUUCCGCUGCACAGGGCCAGGAGAAUUAUCGGAAACGUUCACCCUCGCUGCCUCCUGACCUCACGCUGCAGGAAGGCGAGAGCAAACACCUGAGGAGAGGAACGCGCUUUUUCUCUCUUUUCUCUCCGAGUAGAUCCCCUCCCGUUUCGUCUGCCAGUGCGUCGCCUUGGAAAGGCGCCAAGGUAGAGAGGACGAGCAGUGGCGAAGCGGCGAGACGCGACCAUAGCGCGACACCAGGUGUACGUACACCGCAAGAACGGGGAGACAGAGGCGGCCGCGGAGACGGGGAGAACGGCACAGAAAUAAAGAGGGAACAAGAGCGAGAAAAAAGGCAAGAAAAAGCGUCGGAGGGCCGAGGAGGCGGUGGAGAAGGAGACACACGUUUCGCUGUCACAGCAGCUCUCCCUGCUCUUCUCGAACUUCCUGACCCUCCUUCAAAUCCUCGAUUUCCGCUCGCUCCUUCUUCUGAUCUCUGCGUUCUCAGUUCGACUCUACCCCAAAGCAAUUGCUUCUCUGGAGGCAAUCCAGCAAUGAAAUGGCAGUGCCUUUCGACUCUGCCUUCUCCCAGUUCACGCCCUCCAGUUGUCACACAAGAGACAACCAACGAUGAAAUCCAAUAUUCCUCCUCUUCAUCUUGUUCCUCUUCUGCUUCUUCCUCCUCUGCUGCCUCCUCCUCUGCUACCUCCUCCUCUGCUGCCUCCUCCUCAGCUGCCUCCUCUGCGAGGAAGGUUGCGUCCGGAGAGGCAAGGACGCCGCAUGUGUCUUCCUCUCCCUCCCCGGAUUCUCUUUCCGCUUCUUCUUCUCCUUUGGACUCGUGCAGUUUAGUUCUUCCCCUGGCACCUUCGCUUUUGCCAGGCGAACGCAGGCGGCGGCGCAGUCUCUCUCGGGGCUACCUUUUUCCAUUUUCGUCUGUCUACGAAGCGGGAAGACGGGAGAUGCGACGUUUCGCGCCUCCAGGGCAGGCGCGCGAAAUCAGCGAGUCCGAAGAGGAGACAGCUGAAGAAACUCAGGCAGAGGAGCAAGCCAGACGCGCAGAGAGGAGACGCGACGCCGGAGACACGCAGUGGCGCGCUGAGGGCGUCGCGCGACAGAUGGGGGAAGAAGAAGAGCGCAGGGUAGGAGACGAGAGAGAAGAGAGACGGGGAGGCAGAGAAGAAGAGGGAGAAGGAGACCAAGGCCGAAGAGGAGCAGGAGAAGCAAGGGAGGAAGUCAGAGGGGGACAGCAUGGAAGGGCGCGCGAGGGAGAGAGUGCCUCGAGGAGAGGGAGUUUAUCAGUUCGUUUGUCAAAAGGAAGAACUGCAAUGGGAGCAGCCUUCACGGAAGGAGCACGCGCUCUUCUUUCACGGUUGCGAUUGUCCAGCGUUGACAGAAACCGCGAGGCUUAUCUCCUCAACUUCCUUGAUGCAGACGAGGAACUACAGAUGCAUGGAUGGCUCUGGAAAAUUGGGCAACAUUUUGGCGCAUGGGUCCGACGCUACUACUUCCUCACUGGCAAACAUCUCUGGUGGCAGGCGCAGAUUCUCAGCACCCGGCCAGCGCACUGUUUGUACCUGCACGGCUGUUCAGUUCACGCACUCGUAGACGACCCUUACGGGAUGAGUGCGCCUCAGCCAGCUCGCGCGACGUCGCCGAGCUUCACGUCGCCUGCUACAGGCACCCAUGGCCGCUAUGCCUUGGAAAUUAUAAAACCAAGCGGCCGCGUUGGCAAGCGCCUCUACGCAAUGACUGCGGAGGAGCGCCAGGCGUGGCUGGAGGCUUUGCAACUCGCCUGUGGCGUCGAGGACUUCCACGACUUCUACUGUCUGCAUGCAGAAGAAGUGUUGGGACAAGGAAAAUUUGGAACUGUGAAACUGGCUCACGAAAAGGAGACGGGGAAGAUGGUUGCUGUGAAAAUCUUCGACAAAGGGAACAUUCAGUCGCAGGAGGACAGAGAAUUUACUCGCCGGGAAAUGGAAGUCGUCAAAGUUCUGCAGCACCCUAAUCUGGUCAGGACGCUCGACGUCUUCGACCGAACAGGAACUGCGCCCUACGCGUACAUCGUCAUGGAGUUACUGCCGCAUCGCGACCUUGGAUGUCUCAUUCGUCUUGCUAGAGUCAUCCAGUACUUGAGUUUGAAGCUGCUGCUUCGACAGAGGAGGCGCUUUCUCCAGGCGUGCGGGAGUGUGCCAGAGACGAAUCAGCCUGUCUCCAUUUCGUCGCUUCCUCGCCCAAAUCCUCUCCUCUUCCCUCCUCUCUCUGUUGCGCCUUCUCCUUUCCGCAAUCCCGACAAUCUCGACAACCAACCUCGGUGCCCUCCCUUUUCUUUGACUUCCUCUUCUUCUUCUUCCUCUGCCUCGUCUUCCUCUUCUUCCUCCUCUGCCUCGUCUUCCUCUUCUUCUUCCUCUGCCUCGUCUUCCUCCUCUGCCUCGUCUUCCUCUGCCUCGUCUUCCUCUGCCUCGUCUUCCUCUGCCUCGUCUUCCUCUGCCUCGUCUCUCUCUUCCUCGUCUUCCGCUUCGUCGUCUUCCUCUUCCUCGUCUUCCUCUUCAUCUGCAGGGGCGCUCGUGUCUCCGUCUUUGGAGGAGAGUUUCCUGGAGACAGACUUUACGAUGGACGGGAGGUGGCUGCUGGAGGAGAGCGUGAUUUUGCGAAUCGUCACCGGUCUGCUGAAGGCGACUCGGCACAUGCAUGCAAAGGGCGUUGUGCACCGGGACCUGAAGCCGGAGAACCUGCUUCUUCUCCUCUCGGCGCCGGCCUCUGAGCAAGCGCCAGAAGAGAGCAGCAGAACGCGCGAAGACGACGAACGCGAGCGCGACGCAGCCGAGAAGACAGGGAAGAGCGUAGACAAAGCAAGGAGCUGCAGAGGUCGAGGCAGCGAUGGCGAGAGAACCGUCGCAGGCGGCGCAGAUGCGGAGUCUGAAGAAGCCUCGAACGCACCAGAGAGACCGGAAGGCGAGUUGAGACACAGCGAGGAUGCAGCUGGAGUUACUGCCUUUUCUCUUGAAGACCAGAGACGACCUCCGUCCCCGCCUCCCACAAUUGUGGUUCGAAACGUCGAUGGCGGCGUCGUCUGGAGGUACCCUUCCGUUCCCGCGCGACUCUUUCCUUCCGACUCGCCUUCCUUUCCUUUGGCGGCCCGAUUCAGAUUGUCCGCCUCUUCACUUCUCGCAGAUCGCGAGCGAAGAAACAGCCACGCGACCAGCGCGGCUCUGCGUCUCCGUCGCGUGUCGAGCGUCUCUGCGUGGCGCCAGGAGAGAGAAACGGAGGGCCAAGGACAUCGAGGAAUGUGGAGGGGCGACGCCGCGGACGCGACAUCUCUAGAAGCAAGGGAAGAACCUCCCUGGUCGCCGGACGCCGAACAGAACUCUGUUUCUUCUUCGACUCUCCCUCAGCAGAGCGGCUCGCCUUCUCUCCAGUCGUCUCUCGCUGCUUCUACUUCUGCGGAGGGUUCUCCUCUCCUGUUCUACCAGCCGUCUGCUUCGCCUUCGCUGCCCGAGACUUUGCCCGCGGCGGUGCUUGGCGCCCCGCGACCUGCGUGGCAUUCGAGCGACCCGUUAAUAGAGGCCUUAAAAGACUUCCCCAAGACGGUCUUGACGGAGGACGAGUUGAAGGAACUCGAGGAGUGGGUGCCCGCGUUUUUGUCUCGAUCCGGCUGCAAAAAACACCUCCUUUGUCCCUCCCGACCCCUCUACGGCCGCAGCCCCCCGGUCGCGCGCUACGGCGCGGGGUGUACGUACACCCGGCGGCGGUCGUCUGCUCAUGCGUUCCUCCGUGGCGCGCGUUCGCUUUCCCUGUUGCUUACGCACGGCGGAAGAAACCUGGGCGUCCGCCGGUGGUUUGCGCGACCUGAAGAAGAAACGGAGGAAGAGAGAAGAGAUCGACGCGAGCGAGAACACGAAGCGAGUCAGAGGAGGCGGUCCGCCAGAAUGCGGCCCGCGAUGCAUGCACCUGCGCGACUCCAGCCCGAGGUGAUUUCUGAGGGUGACGAAGAGAAGUCGGAGGAAUCCGAGGCGAAGCUGGUGCAGCGUGAGACGCCGCAAGAAGCGAAGGCUGGAGAGAUCGAAGCUCGCAGAACAGACGAAAGGUUAAGAGUGAACGACAGAUCUCAGACUCGCGGGGGGAACGAUCCGCAGUCUCCUCUGUUUCUUUGCCCUCCCUCGCAUUCUCCUUCUUCGCUCUCUUCGCCUUCUUCUCUCCCUUCUUCCGUCGCCCCUCGGUCUUCUCCUUCCUCUCCUUCUCCAUCGUCGAUCCCUUCUUCGUCUCUCUCUUUGCCCACUGUCUCUUCUCAGUCUGUGUCUCCUCCCCGUGUUCCUUCGUCUUCUGUUUCUUCGUCUCCUCCUACGGCUGCAUCCUCCUUCUCGCGUGCUCAGGGCACACGCGAGAGCCGCAGCGAGCGGGCGACGAGAGGCGGGGGUUUGGAGCCCUCUGAGAAAAGUCGCGGGGCGAGAAGAGACAUCAGUGGCGACGACAGCUGCAGCGAGCAGUGCGAAGGACGAAGCCUGGCGCCUCCUUCCUCGCCGUUUCUUGCGGUUCCAGGCCCUCGCCUCCUCCCUUUCUUCGAGCCUCUUCCGACGCCUUCGAAGUCUCGACCUUCAUUCUUCGCGCCUCCUCCAGGUUUCGCGGCGCCUGGGACUCAACAGAACAGAGAUGGACGGCGUUUCUCUUCGCCUUCCGCUUUCUUGGAAGUCUCACGGGAGCCGAGCAAGACUGACGGUUCUCGGACUCCGACGAGGAGACACGCUUCUCUCCCUGGCUCUCUACGAGAGACACCGUCGUGUGGGAUCGACGGCCGUCCUGCUUUCCAGCAGUUCGUCACUCCUCGCUCUCCUUCCUCUGGAACUCGCGUCGCUUCCCUUCAAGUCCCCAAAGCAUUCAUCCGACAGGAACUGCGCAGACCGCUUCCCCUCAACGCGUCUUCUCUCUCUUCUUCAGCUUAUUCGUCUUCUUCAGCUUAUUCGACUUCUUCAGCUUCGUGCUCCUCUUCUUCUUCUCUUUCUUCUUCGUCGACUGCUUCGUCUCUCGGAGCGCAUGCCCGUCGGGAUUUGUCUCGACCGCGUGCAGAGGCAGGGAACGAGGCCGAGCGGCUGCAGUGGUGCAUGUGCGUGUUGAGAGAAAUUCAGGAGCGCCUGAGCUCGAUAAAAAUUGCCGACUUUGGAUUCUCUGCUGUCUUAGCCCCCAACUGGCGCGCGUCCGACUCUCUUGGCACUCUGGCCUACGCAGCGCCCGAAAUACUUGUAGGACUCGAGUACGACAAAGCAGUGGACAUGUGGAGCAUCGGCGUCAUCACUUUUGAACUUCUCUCGCAAGGUGUUCUGCCGUUCCAAGGAAAGACAGAGCAGCAGAUUGGCGCGUCGAUUCUCGAGGGCCACUACUCCUUCGACUUUGGGGUGAAUCCCCGAGUGGGUCCCGCCUCUCCGCGGACUGUCUCGGGCGCCGCUCGCGACUUUGUUUCUCGCCUUCUCUGCCAUCCUGCACGUCGUAUGAAAAUCGAGGAAGCUCUCAACCACCCUUGGAUCGCAAACGCAGGGAGCGACUUCGCCCCUGCUUCUCCUAAAAGAUUCUACGCCCCCUAA